UAAAAUUCAGUUUUGGCUCUGCCAUUGAACAUUUCACAACUGAAAUCAGAAAACUCGUAAAAAUCUAGUUAAGUGGUAAAACCGUGUGAAAUUUGUAAGCCGUGUGAAAUCGGGCAUAGAAGAGAAAGCAUGGAGGCUUUGCAGGAGCUGCCGCCAAUUGGUUCCGAGCGUGCUGCACGACGCGCUGCGAUGAACAGUCUCAACAUCAACAUGUGUUCGAACAAGGAGAACGAGGAUCUCGAAUGCGGUUGGCAGCGAGAGCAGGUGUCGCGUUUGUGUGGCAAUCCGCCGGUUAGCGGCGAAAUGGAAGCUUGGCUGUGUUUGCAACGCGAGAUGCAAUUCGAGCGCGAACGUUGCCAGCUGGUGCCGUGGCAUUUCAUUGACGAUGCCAAGUGCGAUGAGAAGCCCAAGCUUUCCCCCGGACUGACACAGCAACAGAAACAGCAGGCACAAUCACAACCACAAAGGCAACCACAACAGCAACAGAAACUACAACCACAACCACAACAGCAACAGAAACUACAACCACAACCACAACAACAACCACAACUACAACCACAACAGCAACUACAACCACAACAGCAACCACAACUACAACCACAACUACAACCACAACCACAACCACAACAACAACCACAACCACAACAGCAACCACAACAGCAAUCACUACAGCAACUACAACCACAACUACAACCACAGCCACAACAGAAACUACAACCACAACAGCAACUACAACCACAACAGCAACCACAACUACAACUACAACCACAACCACAACAACAACCACAACAACAACCACAAAUACAACCACAACAGCAACCACAACUACAACCACAACAGCAACAGCAACCACAACAGCAACCACAGCAGCAACCACAACAGCAACCACAACCACAACAACAACCACAACCACAACAACAACCACAGUCAGAGUCACAGACACAGUCGAAGCCGUUGCCCAUGGAGGAGACCAAAAAGUUGACGGCGCAGCUGUUGAGCGCACAGCAGCAGACGCGACGUCUCGUGCAGAGCAUCGAACAGCUGAUGCCAUCGCUGUCGAAUCGUCAGCAGUUGCAGCAGUCGUUGCAGCAACUGCGACUGUUGCACUUCUUGCUCAAGCGUCAGCUCAACUUGCAGCUGUACCAGGAGAUGGAGCAGCAAGAUCAGCAGCAGCAACAACAGCAGCAGCAGCAAUCGUCAGCAUGGAAGCAGAAAGUUCCAAAGGUGUCUGAAGACUCGCAGCAGCAACAACAACUAGAGAUGCAGCAGCAGCAACAACAACAGGUGCAGCAGCAACAGGAUAGGCAACAGCAUGAAAUGCAGCAGCAGCAACAUCAGCAACAGCAGCUUCUACAUGAUCAACGGCAACAACAGCUACAACAACAACAGUUGGAGGAGUCACAGCAGCAAAUGAAGAUGUUGCAGAACGAAACAAUGCAUCUGCGCCAGCAGCAACUAGCACAUCAGCAGCUGCAAGAGCAAAUGCAAAAACAACAUCAUCUAGUGCAGCAACAGCAGCAGCUGAAAAUGCAGCAAUUGCAUCAGUUGCAUAUGAUGAACCAGCAUCUGCAACAGCAGCAACAAGGAUUGCCGCCGGAGCAACAGCAAGAGCUGAAGAAAUUGCAGCAACAGUUGCAGCAUCAGCAGCAUUUGUUGGGGCAGCAACAGCAGCAGCAACUACAACAACAACAACAACAGCAAUACCAACUACAGCCACAUAUACCAAGUCAGCAACCACAUCAGUUGCAGCAACAGCAGGAGCAGCAACGGCAGCAACAUUUACGGCUCUUGCAGGAACAGCAGAUGCUAUUUGAACGCCAGCAACAACAAAUGCUGAAGCUGCAACCACAGUUGCCGUCACAGCAACAGCCAGAUGUUCAGCAGCAAAUUCAGAAAGAGAUUCAACACAUUGAACAAAAUAUGCGGCUAGAGCAAGAGCACAUGUUUCAGCAAUUGGAGCAACAACAACAGCAACAACAGCAGCAACAGCAUCAACAACAGCAACAGGUACCGCAACAGCCCUUAGUUCAACAACAGCAACAACCACAACUACAGCAACAAACAUUGUUGCAACAGCAGAUCCAACAGCAUCCAACUCAACAAUCUGUACAGCUACAACAUGAUGUGCAGAAGCAAAUACAGCAACAGCAAGAGAUGCAGCAGCAAAUGCAACAGCAACAACAACAACAAUCUAUAUAUGUGGAGCAUGUGGAGGUCCAGAUUUUUGUGUAUAAGCUGCAGCAACAACAGCAACAGCAACAGGAACUGCAACAGCAAGAUGUUGAGCAGCAAAUGCAGCAACAGCACCAGCAAAAAAUGCAGCAACAAGAACAGUUACAACAACAACAGCAGCAACAGCAACUACAAGAACAACAGCAAGAACAACAGCAGCAACAACAAGAGAUACCUGCAUUGCAGCAGUUGCAACAGCAACCUUUAGUGGAGAAGCUGCAGCCACAGCAUCAACCAAUGCAACAGCACACAGCAACAGCAAACAAACAAGCUGCAAGCAUCGUUAAUACAGCAACAACAUGAGAUGCACGAAAUACAACAGUUAAUGCAGUAGCAACAACAGUAUCGAAAUCAUAAACAACAACCAAUAUUUCAGCAGGUGCAUCAGCAACUUUUGGUGGAUCAGCAAAUGCAGUCACUACACUUGCAGUUGCAGCAGCAAGCACAAGCACAGCAACAGCCUUUAGUGCCUCAACAGGUGCCUGCAGCCUAAGUAGCAGCCGCAACAACAUCAGAAAUACCUUCAGUAGCAGCAGCAAUAACACACGCUGUAGCCAAAUCCACAACCAUUACAGCGAUUACAACAACAACAACAAAUGCUUCAACUGAAACCAAAAUCAGCACAUCAACAAUAACAACAACAACAA